AUGAGGCAAAAAGCAGCAGCAGGGUUAAAGAACAAGUUUGGUUUAACAGUUAAUGAUAUGCUGGAGAUGGUUCCACAUGACUUCAGGACCCUUGAGAUACGAGGCAUGUUGAACGGAACUGAGCCGGCAACCUCAACUCCGGCCAACAAAACUACUCAGAACAAGGGUUGGAGAAAGAUUCUAGAGCUUGUGGCAUAUAUUUUGAGUCAUAACGACACAACUUGGCUAGAAGAUACGAGAGGAAAUUUGAGUUUAGUGGCUAUAAUGAUCUCAACUAUAACCUUUCAAUCUUUAAUUAACCCUCCUGGUGGUUUUGUUCAACAAGAUAUAGCUUCAGAUGGGGGACCCUUCGGAUGCUUAUCUGAUGAUGGUGCAAGGGUAACAAUAUGCCCUGGAGAUGCAGUUUCAGCUGUUACGUCCACUUCUGCUUUUCAUCGCUACCAAAGGUACAACACCGCAUGUUUUAUUGGAUCUCUCUGGGUCACCCUCUUACUCGUAAGUGGAGUUCCUUUGAAGCAUAAACCUGCGGUAUGGGUGUUGUCUCUUGGCAUGUGCACGACUCUAACAUUCCUAACGCUCACAUAUCUUCAAGGCCUCUUCAUGGUGAAUCCAGAUUUUUGGCUUCUUGUCUUCCCUAAUAGAAUGAUUUCUGGAGCACUUGUGAUUUGGUUUGGGAUUCUUGGGGUUAUUGCUUUGUUGUCCACGUUACGCUUUGCUUUUUGGCUAAUGGAAAAGGGGAAGAAGAAGUUCAACAGCCGUCAGACAAUAUCUUGUGAUCCAAGGAGCGGAAUCGAAAAUGCAUGA